CUUACCUUCGUCCGUGUCCGAGUUAAACACUUGAACUCGACGUGGACCGAAACUCAUUUCCCACCUUCCUAAGAGAUAGAUCUCUUAUAAAACGAAGACAAACCCAAAAGUUUCCUUAUUUAGUUUUCUUCGAAUUUUGAGACUUUUACGAGAUGGAGUUAUGGGGUGGGCGCCAUGUGAGUUGUUGGGGUUUAAUGGUUCUGGGUUUGGUUGUGUUUGUUUGUCAAAUGAAUGGGUCGGAGGGUAUAAGAUUUGUAAUUGGCAAGGAAGAAUGUUUCUCUCAUAAUGUUCAGUACGAGGGUGAUACUCUCCAUCUCUCUUUUGUUGUCAUUAAAGCCGAUACACCAUGGAGCUAUGGUGACGAAGGUGUUGAUCUUGUGGUUAAGGGACCUUCUGACGAACAAAUUCAUGACAUACGUGACAAGACAAGUGAAAAGUUUGAGUUUGUGGUUCAAAAGAAAGGCAUUUACCGCUUUUGCUUCACUAACAAGUCCCCUUAUCAAGAAACAAUUGACUUUGAUGUGCAUGUUGGUCACUUUGCAUACUAUGAUCAGCAUGCUAAAGAUGAGCAUUUUGCUCCCUUGCUGGAACAAAUAGCAAAAUUGGAGGAAGCCCUUUACAAUAUCCAGUUUGAACAACACUGGUUAGAGGCGCAAACUGACCGUCAGGCAAUAGUGAAUGAUGCAAUGAGUCGGAGAACAGUGCACAAGGCAUUGUUUGAAUCAGCAGCACUUGUUGGAGCUUGCGUCCUCCAAGUCUUCCUUUUGCAACGCUUGUUUGAGAAGAAACUUGGAACAUCCAGAGUUUAGAUUUGUUAGAGAUGCCCUUCGAUCACUUUUUGUUCACUGUGUAACAUCAUCACACGAAAGCAUAUCUAUUUAUGGUAACAUUACAAAAUGGAAAUCUCACAUUAUUAGCAUUUGUGUCUCUUAUUAUUCCUUCUCACAAUUAUGUCAGGCUGGGAAUAAUGAAAGCUAUUUGCCAUUUAUAACAUAGAUUUUGUUUUUGUGUCA